GUGCUCAGGCGAGACUGAGAGGAAGCUGUCCUGCUCACUCCUCCCUCCGGCUCCUCUAUGUCUGUGUUUAUGUGAGCAGCUGCAUUUUAUUUUUUUUAUCUUUCACUCUGUGUGUGGCUGUUUCUUUCUACCUGUGGUGCUACAGUGGAGUGGCGAAAAGAGGAGCAUUUGUCCUCGGCCGGUGGAGCUCUGAUGGGUGGCAGUGCUGGCUCUGGCUGGGACUGGGGAUGCUGAACAGGGGGAGGGAGGGCCUGUUUGAGCUGGGACAGCAGCUCCAGCAGCAGGGGGAGUAUCAGGCCGCCCUCCACUGCUUCCUCAGCUGCCUGUUGGGACUGACCCAUGUGCAGAGCUUCACCUCUCUGCCCAACUGCCUACACCAGAUCGCAGAACUCUUCAUCACUGAAAAGAAUUAUGAGAAGGCCCUCCAGUUCAUCCAGGCUGAGAAAAUGUUCUAUGAGGUGGCAUUGAUCGAGCUCACGGCUCAUCAGGGGAGCACAGGGCCUCAGGAGGAGGCUACGCUGGGCUCUGCAGGAUGGACAACCCCAGAGGAGCUUUCGGAGCAGGCCUCCCAGGCACAGCACCUCGAACGGCUGGCCCAGCUCUGCAUCAUGAGCAAACAACCUCACCUUGCUCUAGAAUACAGCGGGAAGGCUGCAAAGAUCCACCAGAGGGCAUUUGGUAAUGACCACCCCAUUACAGCCAGAAGCCUGGAGCUUAUGGCCACCGUCUAUGCUGAGAUCGGCAAGACUGAAUAUUCAGAUUCCCUGGGUCAGUGUGUGUCUGCACUGUCCAAACGCUUCGCUGCUGCAGAGUCCAUAAGAGACACCGUCAACUGUAUUCCUCAUUCCCACCGGGAGAAACACUCAGAGGUCCGCCACAGAAAGGACACCCACCACCAACAAGAGGACGCCCCGAAACCUAAGUUGUAUCUGAUGCAGGUAACCAAUGGCAAAGUCCCCACCUCCAUUCUAAAGAGGCCCAACUACGGCUCAGACACAGAACCCAACUACAGACGGAAAGGCGAGCGGAGGGUUCGAUUCAGGGAGCCAGAGACCACAGUACAUGCCUAUGAGACGACAGCGUCGCGCCCCCACCUCGCCCUGUUCACUUGCCUCUUCCUACUGAUGUCAUUCCUGGGUGUGGCCAUGUACUGCACAGACCGGCGGCGCCCACAGCGAGUGUGCGAGGAGCUGGAGGCCGCUCUGGCUGUCUACCUGCUGCAUAUGAAACAGCUUCUGUGGGGCUGCUGGAUAUGGCUGACCAUGCAGUGACUGCGACCGACCACAGGUGGCGACACAGCCGCCUUUCAUUUUUUCAGACCCCUCUUUUUUCCUAUCUCCAAAGGAGCCCAGGCCUACAAACACCUCAGCCUUUUGUCAAGGCUCUAUACACUGUCUGUGGUGUUGAACCACUCUCGCAGUGACUGUGGGAAAAAUGUGUAAUCCCAGAAAUAUGUAGCUUCCAUGUCUGUAUGUACAUACUGUAUGUGCUAAGGUGGCACUUCUUAUUUAAGAUAUGGUUUUGCACAUCUCACAUAUAACGCUCACUUAGUCACUACACCCGUGUGAUCUUUCAGUUCCUGUCACAGUCUAGUGUAUGUGAGUGAAUGUUUCCAUGGAAUGCAAAUAUUUAUUUUGUUACUAUACAUGAUCUGUGUACAUCAGAUAUUACACAGGACUGAAUGUGUAUAUAUAUGGUUCAAUAUACUAAGGACUAUUACAUUAUUAAGCCUUGUAAUUGCACAUAAAUGAAUGUAGAGAUGUUUGGAAACAGCUUUUGGUUGGCACGGUGCAUAUUCACGAGGAGGAGAAGGAUGGACGCACAAAUGUGUGAGCUGUUGGAUCUGAGAGGAAGAAAACACAGGGCUGCAUCACUUCACAGCACCACAUGAAAAAGACCUUUCUUUACAGACUGUCUGGUGUUCUGUCCGACUGACUGUCUUCAGCUGAUUCUUAGCUCCACUGAGGAGAAAAUCUGCAGCACAAUGUUAUGAAUUCUCUCUCCUUAUCUAUCGUCGAAGAGAAUAUACUCAAACUGAAUGAAUACUAAUGCUUUUAACAGUGUUCCUCUUUAUAACUGCUUGAAUCCCACAAAAUGUCCUUGAUCCUAAAUAUUAUUUAUACUUCUAUACUGUAUAUCUGCAUCUACACAAAUAUCAAACUUUCAAUAAUUUUUGAUUUUUUUUUUAGCUUUUUGUUACCAAUUACAUUUCUAUUUAAAAACAGUAAUAUUCAGGUUUUAACCAGGAUGUCAGAUGCUCGUCAAGCUUUGGACAAAUGUAUGGUUGGACAUAUAUAAAACAUAUAAAAACAAUGAAUAUCAUAGUAUCAAGUUCAUUACUACUAAUAUGAGGCCAAACACACAAAUAUAGCAGAAUGAGAUUUUGUAUGUUAUUGUAUGAGUCCCUUUAUCGAAUGAAGCAAAUCAAAUUCAAACCACACAAGAGGAUUAUGGGGAUUAAAGGGCACAGCGAUGCACAUCAGACCUCUCAUUAUGAGCAAUAACACACAUCACAUAGUUUCCAGUAAAACAUUUUGCUUUAUAUAACAGGUUUUAGGGAACUCAGAAGGAAAGCAUUGGAUUUUGGAGAUUUUUGCAUUUGAAUGUCAAAGCAAUAUAAGGCUAAUAACGCCUGUAUGGAAGAAACCCUCUCAACUCUGUACUGUCAAACUCAAUUGUCAAUAGCAAUAAAACAACACCCAGUGAACACAUGUCCUGCAUAUGCGCAUUUAGCUGAGAAGCAGCAUUUCACCGCUGUCUAAACGUUUAUGGUCACUUUGAAAGAAGUGCCUUUAUGGAGGGUUUUCUUAGUUUCUACCGUUUUAUGAUUUCAGUUGUUUUGAAUAAAACUGUCAUUGCCUAUCAAGGUCAAGCAGAUGAUUUGCUUUCUUCCUGUAAUCUCUGACAAUAAGUGAGUGUGUGUGUGAUGUGUAUGUAACAGGGAGAGAGAUGCAUGCGGGUACAUUUGUGCGUCUACUCACAGUAAUACAGUAUAUUGCUUUGUAGCCUAUAAAGUGUGAAGAAGAAGCCCGAGUUACUAUAUGGCACAAAAUAGGAUUUUUAUCUCACACAGAUUGCUAAAAGCAUUUUUGGACCGUCUGCACCGAUGUUUUGAACUCCAAUUUGUCAUUUUCAUGAAACACCUUUUGUAACUGCUGAUAAAAGUCUGAAUACACUGCAACAGCACACAUCCUUUUACUUUUCUGCAGCAUGCAAAAACAUCUCUCUUCAUUGAGAAGAUUGCAUAUCCUACCAGAAGAAAUCCUUCCUUAGGAAUACAUGUAUUGGUGUAUAAAACUAAGAUAAAAUGUCUUUACAUCUAAAAACCACCACCCUAUUAAUUUGUCAUGCAUUAGGUCCAUGCAGAACUUUCACAAAGACGACAUGAUCCAUUGGCCAAUCUGUCCAUGCCACUAAUACUGUGUUUCA